AUGGUUAAUGAUUAUUGCAUUUACGACACAGAUAUUCAAUAUUCAACACAACAUAACUUAAAUUUUAAAUUUGUAGCAAAUCAUACUGAUCAAAUCCAAUGUACGAAUGGAGUGGUGAAUGAUUUUAUACGAUUUGGAAUUCUCUUUUAUCACAAUGAACUACGAUCGAAUAUGACCCGCGGCGAAUAUGACUUUUCUCCUGGCACGAAUAUGUAUAGGCUAAGAUACAGCUGCGAGCUGGAGAAAUUAGCGCAAGAACGAGCUGAUGAUAGUUGUUUUAAUCCAAAUGUAUCGAAUUAUUAUCUUUCUGGCAAAGUUGGCGAAAAUAUUUACCAAAAUCAGCACAGUUCUCAUACAUUGGAAAACCACAUGUUUACGGCACUUAAAAGCUGGUCAACUGAAAAAAAUGCUACACCUCACAUUGCACAGCAGAGAUCAAAAUUAGUAUUGCAGAUGCUUUCCGGUGCAACGAGGCUGAUAGGAUGUGCAACGAGCAAAUGUUCGAGAGCGCAUGAAGAGAAUUCGACUCAAAUCAUCGUUUGUAAAUACUGGCCCAAAGUAUCAAAAGGUCCUUUGUAUUUGCAAGGCUCAUUUUGCGAAAGCGGAGAUGACUGUACACUUCACACCAAUUCUACUUGCAAUGAGAUAACUCGGUUAUGUGACACUAUGGACAAUAAUGACGCUGAGUUCAAUAGAUUUUUGCGUCGAAUGCAAGAAAAUAUUACUGAAUCUCCUGAACCAGAAUACACAUCAACCACUCCUAUCGGUGCAAAUUUUGAUAUAUCUGAAAACCUUGCUGAUAUAAUGGAUUUAUCAGAAGCUGACUUAGAAGAUGGAAUCGCUAUUGCAUCAUUGAAUAGAAAUACCAAAAUUAAUGACGAACAUUUGUACUUCAAGCAACUUGAUGUUCAUCGCUUAAGUUUUCUGGAAGCGCAUCGAAAACGUAGGAGCAAUAUUCUGCAGGGAAUUAUGACCUUUGAUGAUUCUUUAAAACAGCUCGAAGAAUUUUUAUUCAAAUUGGACUGGGAUUUUAAUCUGGAAAAAAAAGCUUUUGAGGAUGCAGAAAAAUGUGAGCUUUUAGAGCCAAAAUCAUCCGCCAAAUAUUACAGGAUGAUUAUGAAUGAAUUUAAUUUCGAGAAUAUUACACAUAUUUUGGAUCGCGAAUUUUCUAUGGCAGUCGAGGAGUGGUGGCGCAAUCCUGCUGAAAUGACACUUGGAAAUGUAAUUGUUUGUGCUUUAAUAGGAUUAUUCACAGCAACAGAGCUCGGAUGUGGAUUUGCCAGUUGUGUUAAUGAGAAUCUUCAAAUGACAGUCGAUAUGGUUUGCCAUUACUGGCCGAUGUAA